GGGAGAGCCUCGUUUGACAUUACCCGCCAAAGAGAGCGAAGGGCGAGGCUGCGGCGAUCUCUUUGCGCAAGCAGUCCGCGUGGAGCUGGGCUGAGGCUUUGACGAUGAAUAUGGACUUUGCCUCGAUUGGGAUCUUGUCCGCCGCAAGAAGAGAAAAAAGAGUCCGCAUCCAGUUUCCAGAGAAGCAAAAUAUAUAAAGAUGGAGUGUGAUCCUGUUUGAAAGUGAACAAUAUCAUCAUCAACAUCACCAAUACAACAAACAAUCACAUCUUACUAUUACUACUACUUAUACCAUCACUACUACUUUACUCUACCAUCUUCCAAACAUCAGUAAUAUCCACUACUACCACCACUACACACAUCAUCACCACCGCCACCAACAACACCAACAACAACAACAACAAUGUCCAAGACCAUCGCCUUCUUCGGUGCUUCCGCCGGCUGCGGCCUCGCUGCUCUCCGUCUCGCUGUAGACGCCGGCCACACAUGCAUUGCCCUCUGCCGCACCCCCUCCAAACUCGAGGCCGAGUUCCCCAAGAACCCCGCCAACCUCAUCAUCAAAAAGGGCAACGCACACAGCGUAGCUGACGUCUCAGCCUGCCUCGUCAAGCCCACCAACCCCUCUGAGCUCGUCGACAUUGUCCACUUCUCCAUUGGCGGCGUGCUCGAUCUCAAGACCAUGACCAUCCCGGACCCAGACGUCUGCAAGAACGGCAUCAAGGUCCUCCUCAACGCCCUGAAGGAGCUGCGUGCCUCGGGCUCGGCUACAGGCCGCCCUGCAGUUUUUAUUAUUAGCACAACUGGCAUCUCCAAGUUUGGCCGUGAUGUGCCUAUUGCCUUCCUUCCCAUGUACCACUACAUGCUCAAGAUGCCGCAUGCCGAUAAGAAAGUCAUGGAGGAACUCGUUGCUGCAUCGGGGGAGCGUUUUACACUGGUGCGCCCUAGCUUCUUGACCGAUGGCGAACAGACCAACCACAAGAUUCGCGUGGGUGUCGAAGACGUCACCAGAGGGUGGGAGAAGAAGGCUAUUGGAUAUACCAUCUCCAGGGGCGAUGUUGGCAAGUGGAUGUAUGAGCAGCUAUAUCUCAAGGCUGAUGAGAACGUCUACGAGGGCAAGGCUGUGACGAUUUCCUACUAG